CGUUCCAUCCCAUCCCAUUUGCCAUUCAUAAAAUCCUCUCCCACUAGCACCCACCACUCUCUCUCUCUCUCUCUCUAUAUAUAUAUAGAAAUCAAAAGCUCUCAACCAAUAGCACACUCUCUCCCUCCCCUUUACUUCAUAAUUAUUAAAGCUAUCAAAAUGGAGCAAAAUCUACCGUUGGUAGCAAAGAAAGCUUGGGGGAUCGUACGGGUGAUCUUCUUCAUGCUCCGAAGAGGCCUCAUCUCCAAGCGCAAGCUCCUCCUAGAUCUCAACAUGAUGAUGAAGCGCGGCAACAAGAUCGCCUCCAAGGCCAUCGGCAACCUCAUGUUCCACCACCACCACCACUCCGCCGCCGCAUCCUCCUCCGCCCCCAAUUCCCCACCGCCGAUGCCGGCCACCGAGUACGAGUUCAGCUGCAGCAACACCCCGACCCACCACCUCCCCACCUUCCACCUCCCCGCCACCCUCGCCAAGCUCCACCUCCCCGCCCUCCUCGCCACCAAGCGUGGCGGCCGCACCAACCGCCACUCCGCCGCCGGCGGCGGCAACGGCUUCCUGUCCUGCGCAUUCCACGCGCCACCCACCCGGGAGGAUGACGAGAAAGAGCAAGAGGACACCGUCAACGCCGUCAGAAUGGCGCUGGAGAUCAUUAACGGCAGCAACAACAGCAAUGUGUACGCGCCGUCGCCGAUGCUGCCCGGGUUCGGGAAGAGUCCGAUGAGGGUGAGGCAGCUGAGGAUAACGGACUCGCCGUUCCCGUUGAGGGAGGAGGACGCCGGGGAUAACGGCGUCGUUGACAAGAAGGCCGACGAGUUCAUUGCCAACUUCUACAGGGAGCUUCAGAAGCAACGUGGGAUGGACUCCUGACCUGAGGGAACAAUUAAUUAAUGGUCGUCGUGUGUGCCAUGCAGAUGCAGUAGUAGUACUAUUACUCCCAAGUCGAAAUUAUAUAAAAGUCCUGUAUUUUUUCUUCCAUUUUUUUUUUCUUCUUUGGGUAUCUCUGUUCAUGAAGGAUUGGGGAAUUAAGUCCAGUUAAUAAUUUUGGUAUUUUUCUGGAUUAAUUGUGUCGAUGUAAUUGUUGGUACUUGAAGGAGAAAGACAAGGGGAAAUGUUGUGUUGGUGUCACGUUUGUGAUUGUUGUAUAUGAUCAUACAGGAGACAAAGGGGAAAUUAGGUAAACAAAUUAAAGAAAAGAUAGUAAGUGUAGCUGUGGCUGGAUUUUGAAUAAAAUAAAUAGAAGUUG